UAACAAAUUAUUAUUCAAUAUUUUUGAAAAGAAAAAAAAUGAUAUAAUAGAUUAACUAUUACUAUAAAUUAAAAGAUUUUUUAAACUCUUCACUUUAAUCUCAUUAGGUUCUCCAUAUUUAUCUGCGGAAUAAUAAAAUUGGUGAUGAAGGUGCUUCAGGCUUAAGUUUUGCUUUAACAAAUUGCCCUAAUCUCUCAAAUUUGACACUUGAUCUUGAAUCCAAUUUUAUUGGUGAAAUAGGUGCAUCAGGUUUAGGUACUGCUCUAGCAAGUUGCACUAAUCUCUCAAACUUGACUCUUUAAUUUGCUUACAAUUUCAUUGGUGAUGAAGGUGCAUCAGGAUUAAGUUUUGCUUUAGCAAAUUGCACUAAUCUCUCAAAUGUGACACUUUAUCUUGAAUCCAAUUAAAUUGGUUAAAAAGGCACAUAAGUCUUAGGUUCUGCUAUAGCAAAUUGCACUAAUCUUACAAAUUUUGAACUUUUUCUUAGUGAUAAUAAAAUUGGUGAUUUAGGUGCAUCGUGCUUAGGUUAUUCUUUAGCAAAUUGCACUAAUCUCACAAAUUUGAGACUUGAUCUUAGAGGGAAUUAAAUUGGUGAUUAAGGUAUAUCAAGCUUAGGUUCUGCUAUAGCAAAUUGCACUAAUCUUUCAAAUUUGGCAAUUUUUCUUAGUAAAAAUCUUUGA